AUCCCUAAAACGUAAGUUUAGAUUGGCAUUUUUAUUAAAGAAAUCAACUAAAGAUACACGAAAUAUCGAGUAUUUUACAUUAAAAUUUAAUAAAUAAGGUGUCAAUCAUGUCAGUGGAAUCGCCCGUAGUGAAAGAAGAAGAGACUAGAACAAAGCAGACACGAAAAAACAAAAACAGUAUUUUGUCGCUUACACCAGAACAAUUUUACAAAGAUUUACUUAAAUUUCAUGAAUCUAGAGGAACGCCGAUCGUCAAAUUUCCUCGAUUAGCCGGAAAUGGGAAGUUUUCUGAAAUUGAUCUGUACAAGCUUUAUGAUCUUGUCAUCAGUAGAGGAGGAUGGAUGAAAAUAAACUCAAAAAAUGAAUGGGCUGAUAUAGAAAAGGAAAUUGGAUUUCCUGAAAAAUGUGUCAACUCUGAAUUAGCUUUGAAGCAUAUCUACAUCAGAUAUUUUGACAAAUAUGAACGAUACAAUUUUCUUGGAGAGGAAAAAGAAAGGAUUGAUGAGGAUGAAGAAGAGAAUCGACACAAGAGAUGGUCUGCAAGAACAUUGCAUUCAAUUCCACAAUCUUACAAUUAUAAUCAUCAUAAUAUUUCAAAUUCAAUAAGAGAAGCUAAUAAGUUAUCUACAAACUUGUAUCAAGCAUCAGAAUAUGAUAAAUUGUCUAUGGCACUUUUAUCUCCUCUUCCAAAUGAACAGGACUUUGCCAUCAAUGUUUUAACUUUAAUGAGUAAUGAAUGCAAACAGACAUUAAGAUUAGGAAGAUGUCCGCGACUAAUUGGCAAUUUGCUUGCACAUGCUGGAUGCUACGAACAUUUUAAUUUAAGAGAAAUGUUCCAUGAAUUUUAUUCAAGCGUUCGAGGACAUUCACAAGAGAAAUUUUGGAAAGACUUACUUAGUCAUAAACCUGAUUUACUUUAUCUCGUUUACGAAGAUACAUUAAGUAACGAAGAAAUUAAAGUGGAAGAUGAUAUGAAAAGAAUAAUUUAUGGCACACAUGAAGCUCCAUCGAAGGAAAUCGAAGACUUUAGUUUUUUAGCAUUGGGACGAGGUUUAGGUACACAAGAAUAUAUUGGACAAAGAAUACAUCAAGUGACAACAAUUAUAAGAAAUUUGAGUUUUUUUGAAGAAAAUGGUCCAUUGUUGGCAAAUGACAAAACUCUCUUGCGAUUUCUUGUUAUGCUCGCAAAUUGUCGGUGGAACAAUCUUCAUAUGAUGGCAUUAGAUGUUCUUGGAAAUAUUGCAUCAGAAAUUUCACUAAAAGAUCCAUUUUUGGACUUGACAUCUCGUCAUUUAUUUGGCUUGGUUUGUGAUGAAAUUGAAAGCAAAGAUAGAGGAACAAUCGUUGGAGCAAUGGAGAUAUUAAGUAAAUUAUGUGCCAAAGAAGAAAAUGAAGAGUUCCUUUUGAAGCAUUUGAAGAAAGAGAAUUAUGAUCAAGUUUGCACUUAUUUGCUUGUUCCAGACAUGAUGCUUUUGGUCUAUUCUCUUGAAUGUGUCUAUUCACUUUCAUCUCUUGGAGAAAAAGCGUGUAAUUCAAUUGUUGAUUUUCAUGGAAUGAUAGAAACUCUUGUCUCAAUGAUUACACUUGAAGCCCAAUCAUUAGGUCCAGAUUCCUGCAUACAAAUGAAAGUUGUUGAGACUGUUCCAACAAGACAAAUUUUUUAUCCACCAGCUCGUCCACAACAUAUGAUGCCACAAAAUGUAGUGAUUCAAAAGGGAAAUAUUCCAGAUCAGCAAAGAUCAUUGUAUCAAUCACCAACAAAAUUUAUUCAACCUCAAUCACAACAAAUGCAGCCACAACCACAUCAAUCUGAUACACAAGGCGAAUUUCCAAAUAAAGCAGAUGUUUUGAUGAAACAAAAACAAGCACAAAUGAUGCAAGAGAAUGAACAAUUUGCACUGGCAUGGAUUCGAAAUAAUUUUGAAUUGUCGCCUAGUUUAAUGGUGAAAAUUGAAGAGCAUGACAUGUACAGAAUGUAUUUAAAUGCAUGUACAAAAAUUGGAAGGAAAGGAGUUAUUUCACAAGUACAUUUCCCACGCUGUGUACGGUCAAUCUUUGGUGGAACUGUUGGCCCAAAUCCAGGAAAUUCAACUGAUCCCGAAAAGAUACCACAAUAUUAUUGUGGAAUUAAGCCUCGUGCAAUGACUUUGCCUCAAAUUUCAAACGAUUCUCAAAAGCCUGAAACUAUCAUUAUUCAUCCAGCAAACUCAUCAUCUACAGUUAAGCAAGAAAUCAAACCAGAAGACUCGUCUUUAGCUGCUCAAUUGAGCGGAAACAAAUCCGUGGCAGCAACUACAUUAUCUGGGCAAUCGUUAUUACAGCAAGCUUUAUCAUUAAGUCAGGCUGCUUUGCCAUCACAAAGUCCAAUUACUACUACAAGUGCAUCUUUAGGAACCUCUGGAGGAACAUCAACGUCCCUAAUAAAAAGUUUAUUAGCUAAUAAGGUAACACCUCCUAACAAUGAGACUAACUCACCCGCAAUUUGUACUACUACUACUACAAUGAGCAUGUCUUCAACUUGUGUGAAUUCAACGAAUGUCAAUAAUUUGCAUCAGGUGGCACAGAGACAACAAAUAUCACAAAAGCAAAAGCAACUGACAGAACAAUUGAAUGCUUCAUCAGUUGCGCCAUCAGCUCCAAUUGUUAAUCAACAUCAAAAAAUGGUUGUUACAAAUCAGCAAAAUGUUAUGAAAAUUGGUCAAUCCACUAUUAUCAAGCCUGGACCUUUGCCAACUAAUACAGUCAUGACUGGUAGUAAUGACAAUAAACAAGUUGUUGUAACGACUAAUGAUCCUCCACCAUUAGCUCCUUUAAGCACUCAAAGUAACAAGGCACCGACAAUUGUUCAGACAAUAUCAAUUAAUCCAAAUAAUCAAGAGAAAGUUAUUGUAUCCCAAAAAUUGACAGCAAAUAAAAUGCUUGUUGAUUUACUUGAUAAAAAAGGAACGGAACCACCACAUGUUUUUGGAAGUACAACAAUCAAAAGAAAAGCAGAAACGGAAUCUGAAGUUCCAGCAAAAAAGCAGGAUAUUGAAACUCAACGUCCAGAACAAAUCGUUUCUCCAUCUCCUAAAGCCGCUGAUUUGUAUGCUAAAUUGGCAGGAUCAAUACUCGAGGAUGAAGAUGAUGAAGAAGAAGACGAACAAGAAAAAUCAGUUCCUGCAAAAGUAAUUGAAAAGAAAAUAAUUGAAAUGAAGCCAACAGGUGGUGGUAGUCAGAUAAUCAGUACGACUCAAAUGCAACGUCAAAUUAUUAUGGGACCGAAUAAUCAAGUUAUUUUAUCGCCAAAUGCUACACAUCAAACAACAGCUACAAUAAAGACCGACUCGGGAAUUCAAACUGUUCCAAUCAUAUUACAGAAUAAUUCGAUGCAAGGAAUUCCAGCACCGACAAUUAUUCAACAACCUGCUCCAACACAAUAUAUAUUAGCGACCAAUCAACAGGGACAAACAUACGUCGUUGCUCAACAACCAAUGUCACAACCACAAAUGCCACAAACGGUAUUGCUAGCACAAACUCCAGGUCAAACUGGAGCGCAAGCUAAAACAAUCAUUAUACUCCAACAGCCACAAGGACAACAAAUUCAAGUUCAGCCUGCGCAGCAACAAAAGAUUAUAAUGACGCCAAAUGGACAACAAGUUAUCUAUUCGUCUCCUGUUCAACGUCAAGUAAUUGGUCAACCAAUGAUUCAGACAGUAUCUUCAGCAAAUACAAUAAUUCAAAAUACUGCAACUACUUCGCAAGGACGUAAAAUCGUAUUUACAAAUGUUGAUGGAACAACUCAAGGAGGAGCCAAAAUCAUCCAUAAUGUUCAGCAACAACAAACACCAACAAAGAUUGUUCAGCAUACGGGAGCUUCCCAACAGACAUUACAAGCUAUUGCUCAAGGACAAAAUAUAAUUGUCCAAAAGGGUCAGAAAUUUCAAAUUGGAAGCACUCAAAUCUCUCAAGUUAUGACACCAACUCAUCAAGCACCACAGAUUCAACAGGUUUCCCAACAAGUACAUAUUCAAGCAGCUACUCAGCAAAUUCAUAUGCAGCAAACUUCAAACCAACAAAUUCAUUUCCAACAAGCCUCUUCUGUAAACCAGCAAAUUCAAAUUCAACAAUUGCAACAAAAUCCAGUUACACAAAAUGUUCAAUCUAUUAUGGCUCCUACAAAAAUUGUUCAGAAAAUUGAACCAAAUCCAUCGGCAUCUCCACAAAAAGAAAUUGUUGAAAUCAAGAAAGAUGAACAUGUAGAAAGUCACACGCAAAUUUCAAAUCAACAGGAAUCGUCACAUAUUAAGGUCGAAAAUACUGAUAGUAAUGAAUCACAGCAAGGAACAAUGAUAAAAAUGGAAGAAACAUCUGAAUCUCAAAAAGAUAAAACUCCUUCAUCUUCAGGCUCGUCGUCACCAUCGCCAAAUCAAAAUAAGCAGACAAUAUCAAUUCAAAUUCCUGUUCCACAAUCUCAACUCGUUGGAGCUAAUGCUCAGCAAUAUACGAUCAAAAUAAUUCCUUCAAUGGACACAUCUAUUAAAAUUAAGGACGAAGAUGUUGAACCAAGUUGGCUUUAUAUUUGUGACUGGCGCGGAUGUCCAAAAAAGAAAUUUAAUUCUGCAAAUGAGGUUUAUUUGCACUCGUGCAGUGUUCAUUGUCCAUCAUUAGAUUCAAAUCCAGAUUUGUACUGCCAAUGGGGAGGAGGUAACAGCUUAUGUGAUAACCUUCCAAGAAAACGGUUCUCAUUAAUGACUCACAUUCUUGAUCGUCAUUGUACAGCAGAUGCAUUUAGAUUAGCAGCUCAGAAGAGAAUUGCUAACUUAGAAAGUGGUCAGCAGUCAACUACUCCUAAACAACCCUAUCCAGUGACUUUAUAUCGUCAACCAAACGCACAAUCACAAAACGAGAGUCAAUCGAAUCUUGCAAAUGGACCUACAAACAUUCAAAAUGCUGGUGUUGCUGCUAUGCAAGCAAUAAAGAGACACUCGAUUGAUUUUAUUCAUUUAAAAGAUGUUUCUCUUCAAGAUGAGACAGAAGGAACAGUCACGAAAAGUAUUCGUCUGACAGCAGCGUUGAUUCUAAGAAAUCUAGCCACUUAUAGUAGUACAGCGAAGAGAGCAUUGCGUUAUCAUGAAUCUCAUUUGUCACAAAUUGCCCUUAGUAAUUUGGAAUCGAAUCGUGUGAUUGCACAGGUUCUUUAUGAAUGCACGAGGACAGAAAUUUCACCUUUCGCUAGGCCUUAAGAAUUUAAUUCAAUUGACUAUUGUAGAUUUAAAUAAUAUUAUUACUAAGAAAUAAAGUUAUCCUUAAUCUC